GGGAUAGAAGCUGCGAAAAAGUAUUCCCCUGUGUAUUUGCAGUUUUCGCCAGAAACUGAUACCACUGAUUCUAAGAAUGACCUGACGGAUGGUUAUCCUAUUAUCAAACCGAUUCAUAUGACAAGUUGUGAGAAUGGUAAUGUAGAGUACAUGCCUGGUAGUGUCGUGGGGAAUAUGUCACGAUGUCUGAAAGGUAAGGAUCUCGAGCUUAAAGAAGAAAACGAAUACGGUUUAACCGUUCGUGGUAUUUGUGCCUAUGUGAACUGUGAGGAUGGUAAGGUUAAGGUGAAGUACAGUGGUACCGACAAUUGGCACGUGUGCAAUAAUGAUAACAGUGUCAUAACCCCCGAAGGAGGCUCAGCAUUUAGAGGCGGAAGUAUCUUGUGUCCCAAGUACGCUGAAGUAUGCACUGAGUUGAAUAGCACAAUUGAUUUCCGCAUUACAUACGACGAAGAUGAGAAACGCCUAAUGGAAGAAGAAGAUAAACAGGAAGCGGAAGAGGAAAAGCAACGCAUAAUGGCACAAGAGGAGUCGGAAGGGGAAGCGCUUCAGCAAAAGAACGAACAAGAAGAAGCGAAAUCCAGGGAAGGAAAACUGGCGUCACAGACCCAGCCGCAACCAUCUAUUCCUGCAUUGGCUGUAGGCCAAAGGGGUUUAGCUGUAGCUGGUAAUGCAAAUGGUGCAUCACAUGUACCUACUACACCAUCAAAUGCAGGAAACCAACGCGGUUCACCAAUUGGAGUGAGUGAAAAGGAGGUUGUUCAACCCUCUUCAGCUGCAUCUGAGCAACAUAUAGAGAGGAGGGAGAAACAAGCUCACGAGAGCAAAACCAACAAUAAUGGUGAUCAUUCACAGCGACAGCCUUCUAUAUCUGCACCAAACGUCCCCAGUGACACCAAGAGGCCUGAAAUGGAAAAGAAUUCCAGUGAACCCGCGAAGGCACAAGAUAAAGAAGUGUCCAUCUCUGAGAUCUCCAAGCCUGCCGCAUCUGAAUCCGUUGUUGUUUCGGGGCACACUCCUUCAGUGGAGGAGGAUCACAACAAUACAACGGAAAACAUUGAACAAGUGCAAGGAAUAUCAACACAGUCUCCCUCGCAAAAUGGGAACGAUGAAGGAAUAAAUACCACAGUUGAUACAACUCAUUCCCCAAACAGACCUGCCACCGAUAAUGAGAAGGAGGAAACCAUUGUGAAUACUGACAACAACACAACUAACACAACAACAUCAAGCAUUCCAGAGAAUGUAAACGCAUCUGUUGCCCCUGCCACUUUGACGGGACCAAACAAGACUCAGAUGGGACAAGUAAUAAACCAGGCGACUGCCAUUGUUAUUGCGGGUGCUGACAGCAGUAUUGCCACUUCAUACCAAAUCCCUCUUUUGCUUAUUGUGUCUGCUCUGGUGGCUCUGGCAUCCCCAUGA